CUGGUGGGUGAUACUACCGAAAAACUUGAAUCUCUUCUCAAAAUAAAACUCAAAUCUUUUUCCUCUUGGAGUUCAAAAUCUGAGACUUUUAUAGUUGGAACCUUAGAACCUCUGAAAAAUCUUGUCUUCGGCAGGCUUCUCAAUUUUUAGAGUUGUUAUGGACAAUGGAUUUAUUAUCGUCAUUCUAUUUGUGCCUCAGGAGUCAAAACUACAUUAUGGUAUACACGUUCAACCCAUUUACAAACUACGCACCACACCCAUGGAAAGAAGUAGAAGUAACUAAUAAACCAGAUCCUCGAUGGACUUCAUACAAUCUUCGAUUAACACAAGAUAACGAUAUGUGUCGUCUUCUCCAAUUUGACAAAUCAAAAUUGUUGAACGGUUAUCCGGUUAGAAUUUCUGCUUAUGCAAACAUUUCUUUUCAGCUUCAUUCAACCAUAUUACGAUUUACAAUUCCAAAAAUUAAUGAUUAUACUUGGACCCCAAAUGCUCUUAAAAGGAUUGACAAUAAUAUAGAAAAUGCCAUUCCUUCAUAUGACGAAUUAAGAUUUGCAAUAGCUACUAAAAGUAGAUACAUCAUUUCAACAUUUAUUGAAAUCGACUCUGUAAUUGAUCCUUAUACCAGUAUAUUUGCAAUUUCAAUAUUACUAUUAAUUAUCACUUUAAUUGCAUUGGUAAAUGAAUAUCAAUUUCUUGCGGCUAUUGUGGAUGUCUAUCGACAUGGCAGUACAUUUACCUAUUCAAAAAUUAGUUAUGCGCAUUACCUUUAUCUUAGCGUUUAUAUUUUUGGAUUUGUAUUUUCUCCAGUACUUCAAGGACAAGUUUUUGCUUUAUUAACAAAACCGUCGUACCGAAACAUAGAAACCCUACAAGACUUAUAUGAUUAUAAUUAUCAUGUUUAUUAUGAUACUAACAUACAUGACAAUAUUAUGGAUGCAGGAUUAUGGACAACGGACGACGACCAGAAAUAUUUACACCGGAUCGAUGACCCAUUCUCAUUAGAAUGUUUUGAAUUAGCGAGACAUCAUAGUUCAUUUGCUUUUAAAUGCGAAUUAUACGUAUCGAAAGGUUUAAUUUUUCCAACUAAUUAUGUUAGAUUUUCGCGGAAGGAUUGGGCGCUGAACGAUCGGGUAGGACAGAGAGUAUUACAUACUACUAAAGCUGGAAUUUUCAAUUAUUUAAAGAGAGAACAGCUUGAUAAUAAGUUAAAAAGGAUGAAAGCUAUUGAAAAAGCUUCAGAAUUAGAAAAUUAUAAUUUAAUAGAUGAGUCCAAUUUAAUAGCGAUGUCCCGAAGGCGCAGUAAGGAUUAC